GCCUAAUAGUCCAGUCUAUAGGCUUCGGAAAACGACAUAGCCUGGACUUCUCUCUGUGACAUUUGUGUAUAUUGUAACAAAGUGGCUUCAUUUGUCCUUUUCACCUGCUGCAAAACACAACUAAACUUUCUGUCAGACUGCAAAUAGUUAAGUGACGGCGGGAUGUCACCGCAACUCAAGUGGAGGCGGGUCGGAUGGUCAGUCUCGGCACAACUCGGCGCUUUUAAACCGGUAAUAGAAAAGCCCUGUUAGUGGAGCCUACUUCUGGGUAUGGGUGUAUAAAGGUGACAGGACACGCUUGAUUCAUAAAGAUCUCAAUACGGGAGCUGGCAGCGGACUGUAGUUUAUCUGUCAUCUAAAAGAAAACAAGACGAAACUCCUUGUGACGAUUGCAACAUCGCUUUCUUUUUCCACUGUAGCCUCGUGUCUCUGAGCCACAGACUGUAAGGAAAUGAGAUAAACCUAACGUUUCUUGUGAUGAAAGUUCAUUAUGUUUGGAGGCAGACGUGUAUGAAUGGACUAAAAGUCUUUGGCCUAUGACAGACCAAAGAUGAGCGUUUCUGGGAAGGACGAUGAGGGCAGAGCAGAGUUUGCAGUAUCCAGCUGUCUCUCUCUGAAGAGUGAUCAGUCCAAAGAGAGUCCUCUUGCCUUCAGUAAUGAACCUGGAUUACUUGACACAAAAGAGAGGAAAAGGACUAGUGAUGUUAUCAAGGACCAGCUGUCAUGCUGUGAUUUGUGCCAUGGCGUCCUGUGGGAUCUAGGGUCUACCAGCUGUGGACACCGCUUCUGCAGGCAAUGCAGUGACGCAUACUGGGAAGAAUGUAAAUCAAGAGAUUUAUCAUGUCCUCAGUGUGGAAAAAGAACCAGAAGAAGUCUGCCGACACCCAGACACGACAGCACUGAACCAAUUACUGACAGUCUGCAAGAAGUCUUAGACAGACAUAAGAUUUGUCUCAGAAAAAGAUGUGAAUUUGCAAUAGAAGGAACUGCUGAAACCGGACCUCAAACUCGCCUGAAUAGGAUCUACACUGAGCUUUACAUCACUGAAGGACCGUGUGAAGGAGUUAAUAUCCAACACGAAGUGUGGCAACUUGAGACAAUAUCCAAAAUGGAGACUGUGCGUGACACUCCAAUCAAAUGCCAUGACAUCUUUAAGGUCUUACCAGGCCAAACAAAGUUAAUUAGAGUGGUUAUGACAAAUGGCAUUGCUGGCAUCGGAAAAACCUUCUCAGUGCAGAAGUUUACUCUUGACUGGGCUGAGGGCCUGGAAAAUCAAGAUAUCAGCCUGGUGAUUAUGCUUUCGUUCCGGGAGCUGAACUUGAUCAAAGAAGAGCAGUACAGUCUUCUGAAGCUGCUUCACGAUUUUCAUCCAACACUGCACAUGGUCACAGCAGAAAGGCUCACUCUCUGUAAAGUUUUGUUCAUCUUUGACGGCCUGGAUGAAAGCAGACUUUUGUUGGAUUUCCAAAACAGUGAAGUUAUGUCUGAUGUCACACAGACAUCAUCAGUGAACUUGUUGUUGACAAACCUCAUCAAGGGGAAUCUGCUUCCCUCAGCUCUCCUUUGGAUAACUUCCAGACCUGCAGCAGCCACUCAGAUCCCUCCUUCAUAUGUUGACAGGAUAACAGAAGUACGUGGAUUUACUGAAACUCAGAAGGAGGAGUACUUCAGGAGAAGAUUCAAUGAUGAGUUGAUGCCUGGCCAAAUUAUCUCACACAUCAAGGCAUCCAGGAGCCUCUACAUUAUGUGUCACAUCCCAGUUUUCUGUUGGAUCACAGCUACAGUUCUGGAGGGCAUGUUGAGUACAGAGAAAAAAGAGCUUCCCAAGACUUUGACUGAGAUGUACUCACACUUUCUGCUGGUUCAGGCCAAGAGGAAGACACAGAAGUAUGAUCAGGGACAUGACAUGAUCCCACAGGAGCUGAUGCAGACUGACAGGGAAGUCUUCCUGAAGUUAGGGAGACUUGCAUUCGAACAUCUGGAAAAAGGAAACAUCAUGUUCUACAAAGAAGACUUGGAGCGAUGUGGUCUUGAUGUCAGUGAAGCCUUAGUUUUCUCAGGACUGUGCACAGAGAUUUUCAAAAGAGAGUGUGUACUCUUUCAGAAAAUGAUUUACUGCUUUGUUCAUUUAAGUAUUCAGGAGUUUCUCGCUGCUGUCUACAUGAUUCACUGUUACCUGAAUAAGAACAUAGAAGUUCUGGCAACUUUCUUGGGAGAAGACUGGGAUGGACAAACCAGUGACCCAGGUCUGGAUAACUUCCUCAGUAAAGUUGUGGACAAAUCUCUGAGCAGUGGAAAUGGGCACCUGGACCUCUUUGUUCGCUUCCUUCAUGGCCUGUUAUUGGAGUCCAACCAUCGUCUCUUAGGAGAUCUGUUGGGCUGGACAGCAAGCAGUCCAGAGAGCAUCCAGAGAGCAAUAAACAACCUCAAGAAGAUGAACGCUUAUGAUAUCUCUCCUGACAGAAGCAUCAACAUCUUCCACUGUUUGAUGGAGAUGAACGACCAUUCAGUGCAUCAGGAGAUCCAAGAGUACCUGCAGUCAGACAACAGAUCAGAGAAGAAGCUUACUAAGACCCAUUGCUCAGCCCUUGCCUACAUACUGCAGAUGUCAGAAGAGGUUCUAGAGGUGUUGGACAUGAAGAAGUACAACUCAUCAAUUGAUGGAAGACGGAGAUUGCUCCCAGCUGUGAGAAACUGCAGAGAAGCUCGACUCUCUUGUUGUGGACUCUCUGAGUGGCAUUGUGAGGUUCUGUCUUCAGCUCUGAUGUCCAACCCCUCCCAUCUACUAAAGUUGGACCUGAGUGAAAAUGACUAUCUGAUGGAUUCAGGAGUGAAGCUGCUGUCUGUUGGACUGGGGAGUCCAAACUGUAGGUUGGAGAGUCUAAGAUUGAAGAGCUGCAGUUUGUCAGACAGUUGUUGUGAUUAUCUGGCAUCAGCUCUGAAGUCCACCUCUUCCCGUCUGCGAGAGCUGGACCUAAGUAACAACAACUAUCUUAAGGAUUCAGGGCUGAAGCUACUGUCUACUGGACUUAAGAGUCCACACUGUAGACUGGAGACUCUGAGACUAAGUUCCUGCCGGCUGUCAGAGAGCGGCUGUGCACAUCUGGCCUCAGCUCUGAAGUCCAACCCCUCCCAUAUGAGAGAGCUAGAUGUCAGUAAAAACAAACUGAAGGAUCUGGGAGUAAAUCUACUGUCUGCUGCAAUGGAGAGUCCUCAAUGUAGACUGACAACUCUGAGAUUGAGGGGAUGCUGGUUGUCAGAGAGUUGCUGUGCUUCUCUGGCCUCAGCUUUAAUGUCAAUCCCCUCCAGCUUGAGAGAGCUUGACCUAAGUGAAAAUGAUCUACAGGAUUCAGGAGUGAAGAUGUUGUCUGCUGGAUUUGAGAGUCCGCAUUGUAGACUAGAUACUCUGAGGUUGAAGAGCUGUCGGGUCACAGAUGAAGGCUGUGCUUUUCUGGUGUCAGCUCUGCAAUCCAACCCAUCCUAUCUGCGUGAGCUGGACCUAAGUAAAAACAACCUGCAGGAAUCCAGAGUGAAUCUGCUGUCUGAUGUCCUAGAGAGUCCACAUUUUAAACUGGAGACUCUCAGAAUGGAAGAAAUGGAGUAAACCUGGAAUGUGUCACUGGCCAUGAUGUGUUGCUGACUCUGGGGCUGCCAUGAUCAUCAUAUCACUGCAAUACAAUCAGAGAUAGGACAAAGCUCCUACCAUAGGAGUCAUUUCUAUUUACACUUUUGUUAGGAAUGAAUCAGAAAACACAUUUCAAACUGUCACUAAGACUAAGUUGAUUUUCUUUUUCUUUUUUAUUAUUAAAUAUGAAUUUUGAAUAAAACAUCUUUGUAUGUUAUGGGUGCAAUUAUAUUCCAGUACAGUUGCUGUGAUGUUUUGUUGAUUUUAAGAUAAAGAUUGCUGAAAUGUUUUAAAAUGUAUAUAGUCAUCUUAUUGAACUGCUGUCAGUGCAUAUAACUGUUAUUGUAGUUAGUUAAAAAUUUUCCAGGAUGUUUAAAUUAUUUUAUUGAUGCCAGUGUGGAAAAAAUCUGCAUAACUUGUUUUUGAAUAAGGAAGUUACAGAUAACAGAGUGACAAUAAAUGUGUGCAGUACAAUAA